AGAUGCAAACAACCAAAAAAAAAAAAAAAAAAAGAAAAGAAGGAAAAAAUUGUCUUUGAGAAUUGAAACUUAAGAAAGAAGAAAGUGGAGGAGGAUAUUAACUGCAAAUAUAACGCAGAAAGAAAAAGACAAAAACAAAAAAACAAGAAAUCAAGUGUAACGGCGUCGGUUUCAGCGAAAAACCGCCGACUUCCCGCUAUUAUUUUAGCAUUUUUUGCUGACAUCCUUCUAGAUUUCUGCUUGUCACAACCAUUUCCCUCUCCCUCCUCCUCUCUCUCUCUUUCCAAAGGAGUUACUCGCCGGGUCGACCCAGACGCCAUGUUCUUCCUCCGAGUCCACUCGGUGGACGUCAACCACCCUCUCAGGUUUGAAAAUGUUGAAUUCACAACGAAAAACGCCUCGGUUGCUCCAUCAAACCCUAAUAAUCCAUCUCCGAAAUUCAGCGAACGAAGAGGCGUGACGCACCUGUUUCGGAGCAAAUCGCAUUCUUCGCUUCCAAACACUGGUUCGAGGUCCACUCUCAUCUUCGUCCUCGCCGUCCCCAACUACGUCUCCUUCGAGGAAUUCAUCCAAUUCUGUGGUUCCCGCAUCGACCAUGUAAUCGAGCUCAUCUUCAUCAGGAACGAUGGGAUGGAAGAUCGCUACAAUGUUUUGAUCAGGCUUAUGAAUCAGUUGACAGCUGAUGGAUUUUAUUGCAGUUUUAAUGGGAAGAAGUUUUCACCUGGCGAGGCUGAGAUCUGCCAUAUCCUUUUUCUACUUUCUGUGGAGUACACAGAAUCAGCUGAGUUAGCUGGAACACCUCCAGAUGGGUGCACAGAAUUGCCUACUUGCACGGUUUGCCUAGAGAGGUUGGAUCCAGACACUAGUGGAAUUCUGAGUACACUCUGUGACCAUUCUUUCCAAUGUCCUUGUGUUUCGAAAAGGACUCACUUGUCUUGUCAGGUUUGCCGAUUCUGUCAGCAGCAGGAUGAGAAACCAACUUGCUCUGCUUGUGGAACAUUGGAAAAUCCAUGGAUUUGUAUGAUAUGUGGGUUUGUAGGAUGUGGAAGGUACAAAGAGGGGCAUGCUGUCAGGCAUUGGAAGGAUACACAGCAUUGCUAUUCUCUUGAGUUGAGCACACAACAAAUCUGGGAUUAUGUUGGUGACCGAUAUGUUCACCGGCUGAACCAAUCAAAAAUUGAUGGCAAAUUGGGUGAAAUGAACUCUCGCUGCAUACCAUUUGGAGAUUGUGGUAGUUGUGCAUGUAGUGAAGACUCUGGAAUUAGUGCAGCACUCUAUAGCAGCAAAGUUGAAACAAUUGUGGAUGAGUAUAACCAUCUUCUUGCUAGUCAGCUUGAGGGUCAAAGACUAUAUUAUGAAUCUCUACUCAUAGAGGCAAGAAGUAAAUUAGAAAGUGCAAUUGUAGAAGCAGUAGAGAGUGCUGUGACUCACAAGAUGCAGGACAUAAAAAGUAGUCUGGAAAAAUGCAUAGAGGAUAAAAAUGCUGUGGCAGAAGUUAAUAGAACUCUCAUAAAAGAUCAAGAAAUUUGCCGUAAGAAGUUUAAGGAAAUUGAAGAGCGGGAAACUGCAUCGCUGAGGUUGAGGGAUGAGAAGAUACUUGAUUUGGAAGAGCAGAUUAGAGACCUUACAGUCUACAUUGAAGCCCAAAAAACGCUGAAUGACAUCACAGAUUCAGAUGGCAUCAAAGGAGGAAGUCUCUUACCAAUACCAUCAAGACAGUCUCCCCCAUCUAACACCAGAAGGUACACAAAGUCAGGCCGAAGACGGAAUUAGAAGGCUGUCAAUGUCAGAAAUGGCAUUCACAUUGUGAAUACAUAAAGCUUUGCCAGUUCGGUUAAUUCACCAAGGAUAAUUUAGAUUGCAACAGUGAGUUCUGGUGACACAUAGUUGAUGGUGUUGUGUUAUUGUAGAGAAACAAUGCAAGAAAAUCUGAAUGAUGGUCUCUUGGAUCUUGGAGUUGCUAUUUAAUAGUUGUUCUCUAUUAGGUCUUUCAUUAUCCAUAUUGAUUUUCAAGCAUAAUUGAGAUUGAUUUGUAUGAUGUAUAAGGAAUAAAUCAAUUUAAACAGAAGAAAUUUGUAAAACAAA